ACAGUUUCAUAAUUAAUGUAUACUGCCUUGAUUAAAGUUAUUCACUUAUCGUUUUGUAAUGGUCUCGCCGGAUAAGAGCGAAGAGGAAUACCUAUCAAUAUCAAAAUACACGUGUUUUAGCUAUCUGGGCCCAAGGAAGACAUGUCUCAUGACCAGGAUCAGCCUGAUGUGGUGGAUCAUACCUUGAAGGUUGAUGAUGAUGAUCUGUUUGCUUCUGCUGUUCAGUCGCCACUGACGGAGAGCGCCGCCUCGCCGCCGCCGUCGGGCGCCGCGCCCGGCAGCGGCCCGCUGUCAGCGGACCUGGCCGACGCCACGGCCGAGGUCAGUCUCGAGGACGACGAGGAGACGCCGUCGCCGGCCGAGGCGGCGCGCCUCUCGCUGGAUGACGCCAGCGAGCUGACAGAGCCGGCUGAGCCGCCGCCGGAGCCGGCCGACCGGCAGACGGAGCCGGCGAGAGAGAAUGGUGCCGCCAGCUCGGAGACGGCGCAGAUCCAGUCCACUGUGCAGGAGGACGCGAACGGGGAGGAGGACGAUGAGGAAACUGACCAGUUUAUCGAGGUCAGCGUGGUGGAGCCCGUCAAAAUCGGCGACGGCAUGUCCUCCUACAUGGCCUACAAGGUCAUCACAAAGACCAACGUCUCCUACUUCAAACGGCAGCGGUUCUCUGUGAUGCGUCGCUUCAGUGAUUUCCUGGGCCUGCACGACAAACUGGUCGAGAAGCACAUCCGCUCGGGCCGCAUCGUGCCGCCGGCGCCGGAGAAAAGCGUUAUCGGCACCACCAAGAUCAAGAUCGGCGGCGGCAGCGGGGGUGGGGGCGGCCACGCGAGUCACGGCGGCGGCCCGGAGACUGGCGGCGGUCAGAGCGAGUUUAUCGAGCGGCGCCGCGCCGCCCUGGAGCGCUACCUGAACAGGACGGCCGCCCACCCGACCCUACGCGCCGACCCAGACUUCAGGGAGUUCCUCGAGCUGGACGAGGAGCUGCCACGAGCCACUCAGACGUCGGCCCUCAGCUCAGCCGGCGUACUCCGACUCUUCAACAGGGUCGGCGAGACGGUCAGCAAGAUCGCCUUCAAGAUGGACGAGUCGGACGUGUGGUUCGAGGAGCGCGUCCAGCAGAUGGAGUCGCUGGACGGCCAGCUGAGGAAGCUGCACGGCUCGGUCGAGUCGCUGGUGCUCUACAGACGAGAGCUGGCCACCAGCACCGCCCAGCUGGCCCGCGCGGCCGCCAUGCUCAGUAACGUGGAGGAGCACACGGCCCUCUCCCGGGCACUCAGCCAGCUGGCAGAGCUGCAGGAGCGCGUCGAGCGCCUGCACUCACAGCAGGCCGACAAUGACUUCUACAUGCUGGCCGAGAUGCUGAAGGACUACGUCAUGCUCCUCGGGGCCGUCAAGGACGUGUUCCACGAGCGGGAGAAGCUCUACCAGACGUGGCAGCACGCGCAGCAGACGCUCACCAAAAAACGAGAGGCCAAGGCGCGCCUGGAGCUGCAGGGACGCUCCGACAAACUGCAGCAGCUGGGGGACGAGGUCACCGAGUGGGAAUCAAAGGUUGAGAGGAGCCAGGAAGAGUUCGAGCGUAUUUCGAGGUCGAUCAAGAAGGAGAUGGAAAUGUUCGACUGCAACCGGGUAAAGGACUUCAAAGACUGCAUCGUCAAGUAUCUGGAGACCUUGAUGGCCAACCAACAAAAGCUGGUGAAACUCUGGGAGACCUUCCUGCCAGAGGCCAAGGCCAUCGCGUGAACGCCCGGUGGCGCUGCGACCUCCAUCAACUCUGGUCAUUCCUCUCGGGUCGGUCGGGUGAGGGGCGGACUGCGCGGCCGGCCGGUCCCUGUCCGCGCCGGACCCUCACUGCGCCGCUGAGCGCGGCCCGGCCGCACACUGCGUCCCUCUGACUGUAUAUACAGGGGACGCCACUGACGGCGGCACAGAGCGCCCGCUGCCUCCAGACACACGUCGCGAGCUGCGCCUUGCCCCGCCGCAGCGACGGAUGUAUGUUUAUGAAUGUUAACCAGUUGUCAGGUGUUGGAACGACUAUGCCCUACGAGCACAUCUAUUUGCGCGCGCGCGUGUGUGUAUAGUUUCUUUUUGCUUUUGUACGGCUUUUCAGUUUGACUUGUCCUAGUGGAUGGCUUCAAGUCUAUCACCUGCCAACGUCUAAUGUCUAUGGGAGGACCCACGUAGCCCGUUAUGCUCUGUGAUAUGCAUGAGGAGUGCACGGCAGUAUUGGGGGACGGGACUGGGAGCGGCGAUCGGCUCCCUCAGCCAGUCGAUCCACUCUCUGUGCCUCCGUGGUAGCGAACUCUCGGCCUCCCGGACUGUAUGCCUCAGCCUGUAUCCAACCAAAAGUAAGUUGUUAUGCGACGUGCGAUACUGGAAUCAUACGUUAUCGAAAAUACACUGCAUCUCUGUAUUGAAA